UCAUUGCUUCACUUCCCACUGGUCGCUGGGUCAAUCACAAGCAACCCACACUCUAAAAUAUUUACAGAGUAAAUAUGUAUUGCUCUAAUAUUUAGACUAAGGGGGGCGAAAUCUGACCUCCUUAAAAAGCAGAAUACACUUAAAAGGACGCAAGGAGAGAAAAGAAUCAGUUUAGUAUUCAUCCCGUUUCAGUUUGAACGCGGUUAUAGCAGUUUAAGUGAAAAAAAGAGGAAAGCAACAAAAUGCAUGUUGCUUCCUUACGGUUGACUGUACAUGUAUUGUGGUUGAUCUAUUUUGUAAAUCUUGCUUUUGCGGCUAAGAAACUUGAAGGUGAAGAAGAAGUGAACUCAAGGGAUAUCCGUUCUUCAGGGAACGCUUUAGGUUCAGUGAGUUUCCUUCAGAAGUUUGGAUAUCUGCCAAAGACGAACAGAUCUGAUGGUUACGUAGAUAUUUCAAGCUUCCACAGAGCACUGAGGCAGUUCCAGCGAAUGGCGCACAUCCCAGUAACGGGUGAAUUGGACGCGAAGACGCGUGAAAUGAUGCGAGCGCCACGGUGCGGUAUGCCAGACAUGGACAACUCGGACCCCAGGGGCCCUCAGCAGUUUAGAGCUCAAGGUUCAAGAUGGCGGAAGACGGACCUCACGUGGAAAGUGAUAAACUAUUCACCGGAUCUGAGCCAGGGAGUACAGAGGCGCGCGUUUUAUCAAGCAUUUGAACACUGGAGCAAGGUGACCCCACUUACAUUUAGAGAGACUCGUGGGACAGCUGACAUUGUCAUACAAUUUAGCAGGUACAACCAUGGUGACGGAUAUGCUUUUGAUGGAAGAGGUGGAAUUCUUGCCCACGCUUUCUUCCCCGAGAACGGCGACACACACUUUGAUGAAGAUGAAACCUGGACGGACAAUACGGACUCUGGGACCAACCUCAUGAUCGUAGCAACGCACGAGUUUGGCCACGCUCUCGGUCUCAGUCACUCCGAGGUGCGGGGGGCACUGAUGGCCCCAUACUACCAAGGAUUUGAACGGUCUUUUGCCUUACGGGCAGAUGAUAUUCGUGGAAUUCAGAGUAUUUAUGGUCCCAGAAGAACCUCAGUGGUCACCAGGCGUCCAGUGCCACGCGUGACCUACCUCCCUCCAGUACGUCCAACAAGACCGCCUCCACCGCGACCCCGCCCCACACAGCCGCCCACUGGAAGAACACCGUCAUGGUGUCGGGAUUCUUUUAAGUUUGAUGCCAUUAUGGAAGUGUCUUCCUCUGUUUAUUACGUGUUUCGCUCACAUCGUGUGUUCAAGUUGAAUGAGCGAGGGCUGAUGAGGGGGUACCCCAAACCUAUCAAGAGUGAAUUCCCUAAUGCUCCAAAGAACGUGGGGGCGGCAGUACAUUCUACGAGGACCAGAUAUUCAUAUCUCUUCAAAGGACGCUACGUCUGGAGAUACUACGGAAAUCGAUUCAUCUCCAAGACCGAGAUUCGCGACCGACUGUACCCUCGCUCUCCUCAGGCUGGUCUGGUGUGGUCCAACGGCAACAUCUACCUCUUCUACAACUCUUACUACUAUCAGUUUGAUGAAAGGGGGCAAAGAAUUGCCCCUGGUUACCCUAGGUCUAUUGGCUCAUACUGGAGAGGAAUACCCAGCAAUGUGGAGGCGGCUGUGCUGUCCGUACGAGACAGAUAUACCUAUUUCUUUAAAGGGAAAAAUUACUUCAAAUAUGACAACUACAGGAGAGCGGUCGUGCGGGGUUAUCCCAGGAGUAAAGCUUCUUCCUGGAUGGGCUGCGGUAGAAGCACUCCAAAAUAAUCCACACCACACGUUACCAAGCCGGAUUUUUUUCUUAUCUGGAAAAAGUGACUUAAAUUUGUAAAUAGGUUUUGCUCAGAUAUAUUUAUAACAACGAAUGGUGUAUGCCUGUGUUGAGCGCAGGUCCUUUUCAUUGAUGUGUUUGAGGAUAUUUUGCUAUGAAAAAAAAAA